AUGUCCGAGUCAAGCUCUCUCCUCCGCCAGGAUUCGGGGGGAACAAGGUCCCUCCAACAUCGCAUUAUGGACAUUUUCCGCAAUGACUCCAGCAGAAGAGCUUCUCCAGGCCCAGAUUCCGGGGACGAGGGACGGAGUGCGUCAGGUCUUGGAAUCAAUGGCAUGAACGAACCCGAUGCAAGAACCCGCCUGCUAGAGUCUUAUCACCAGUCUGACCCAGUAUGUGGUGAAAGGCGCUGUAGCCACGGCACCUUUUCUCCUCGACCCGAGGAGCCAACAGAGGGCCAGAAUCAUGGCCUGGAUGCUGGCCUGCUCUUUGGUGUUAAUGAGAAUGGUGAUCGAGGGGCGACUCCAGGCCAAAGCCGGGCCAGUGCUGGUGAGCCAGAGUCACGUCCAGAUUCCGACUUUACACCGCAAAUGAAAUCGUCGCUGUCGGCAUUGUCUAUGAACGACGAUAGGAAACAGUAUGUUCAGAAGCAUCUAACGUUGAUGAGGCUAGGGUGCCAUUGCGACCGUGGGAUGCGUCCAACCGAGAGCAAACAGCUAACCAUCGAGCACAGAUACAUCUCGUACUACAUCCCAUUCUUCAACUGGAUCAGCCAGUACCAAUGGUCGUUCUUGCGUGGAGAUCUGAUUGCUGCAUUGACAGUGUCGUCGAUCUAUAUUCCUAUGGCGCUGUCACUAGCAUCUAAUCUCGCUCACGCCCCUCCCGUCAAUGGCCUCUACUCUUUUGUGAUUCAUCCCUUCGUAUACGCUAUCCUGGGUAGCUGUCCCCUCUUGGUGAUUGGACCAGAAGCGGCAGGAUCACUUUUGACGGGAGCUAUUGUGAAGGCCAGUAUGCCAAGCAACGGCCCUAAAGAAGAUGACCUUAUGGAAAGCGCCAUCAUUGUCGGGGUCUCCACCGCUAUGGCAGGAUCUAUGAUCCUCAUUGCUGGAAUCACCCGUCUGGGAUUUCUGGACAAUGUCUUGAGUCGGCCAUUCCUUCGUGGCUUUAUCACCGCCAUUGGCUUUGUUAUCUUUGCCGAUCAACUCAUUCCGGAGUUGGGCCUUGCGGACCUUGCUAAGGAGGCUGGUGUCAGCCAUGGUGCGACUGUCGAGAAGUUGACAUUCAUCUUCCGGAACGUCGGUAAAAGUCAUGGACUGACAGCAGCAGUCUCACUCAUCAGCUUUUCCAUCAUUAUGUUCUUCAGAACUUUGAAGAAGUGGAUGAUGCCUCGCUUUCCCCAGGUCAUCUAUUUCCCAGAUCGCUUCAUUGUCGUUGUUUUAUCAGCGGUACUGGCCUACGGCCUGAAAUUGGAGGACAAGGGCCUUCAGCUUCUCGGUCAUACCGAAAUCAGUUCCAGCGAAUUGUUCACCUUCCAUUGGCCAUUCCGCUUCAGCCAUAUGACGCACGUUCGAACCGCGAUGAGUAAAGCUUUCAUCAUCACGUUGCUAGGCUUCUUCGAGUCCUCAGUCGCUGCAAAGGGCCUGGGCGAUGAGAAGCCCGAUGGUAUUCAGGGGAUGCAUAUGAGCGCAAAUCGAGAAAUGGUAGCACUCGGCGUGGCAAAUCUGCUGGGUGGUUGCUUCAUGUCUCUUCCGGCUUUUGGCGGAUACGGUCGUAGCAAGGUCAAUGCUCAGACAGGUGCUCGUACGCCAAUGAGUAGUAUCUUUCUGAGUCUGAUCACACUCUUCGCCAUUCUCGUGCUCUUGCCUUAUCUUUCAUAUCUUCCGAAAGCCGUUUUGUCGUCUAUGAUCUCUGUCGUCGCCUACAGUCUGGUUGAGGAAUGUCCGCAUGAUAUUAUCUUCUUCCUCCGCCUGCGGGGAUGGACAGAGCUCACACUGAUGUUCCUGAUCUUUACCGCUACCAUUUUCUAUUCCCUAGAGCUUGGAAUGGCCCUGGGGAUCGGACUAUCCGUGAUCAUUCUCAUCCGUCACGCUACGCAGCCACGCAUCCAAAUUCUCGGCAAAGUUUCCGGCACGCACACCCGCUUUGACAACGCCGAGCUUCACCGGGAAAACGUGGAACUCAUUGAGGGUGCACUGAUCGUCAAAAUCCCCGAGCCACUCACGUUUGCCAAUACAGGCGAUCUGAAGAAUCGUCUUCGACGAUUGGAACUGUAUGGAUCUAGCCGAACGCAUCCAUCUCGUCCUCGCAUGCGCCGCGAAGAGAACAACAAGAACAUCAUCUUUGACGUACAUGGAGUCACCAGUAUCGAUGGUUCUGGUACACAAGUGCUCUAUGAGAUUGUGAGAGCGUAUACAGAGCAGGGCGUUCGAGUGUUUUUCUGCCGUGUUCCUGCAUCCAGCGUGUUUCAGAUGUUUGAAAGGAGUGGCAUCGUCGAGCAGUGUGGCGGUAUCACACAUUUUGUGCCUCGCGUCGAUGAAGCGUUGCGGUUGGCGGAGGUUGAGGAGCAAAGUGAUAUGUGA